CGCGCAGCGCAUUGGCGCCGCCAGCUGUCGGUCUCCGCGCCCGGGAGUGGGCGCCGCCGCCUGCGGUCCCCGGCUCGGCGAUCCCGGCUGCCUGGCGCGGUGGGGACGCGGCGCCGGACCUCGGGAGCAAGAUCGGCCGGGGACCCAGGUGCUCUCGGUUGAUCUUUAAGUAAACAAACAUGUACAGAGUUAAGAGUUUUCAUGAAGAAAUUAAAGAGAAAAUGUUAAAGCUAUAGAGAAACUAGGUAUUUGUGUAUUGGAGAUAUCUAAACGGAAUGGAGUAAGGCGAAAGAAAUGAAUACACCUGGAAAAUGUUUUUAACUGACUCGUCAUAGUUUUGUCCACCUUCUGUAAGGAUGCCACAGGAAAAAGAGAAUACAGUUUUCUAAAGAAUACAGUGUAAAAAUGGAGGCCACAGUUUCUGAAAUUCAAGUAGAAAAUAAGGACGAGAAGAGAUCUGCAGAAGUCAGCCCUCGGGAUGAGAGACAGAAGAAGAAAACAUCCAUGCUUUGCUUCAAGAGAAGAAAGAAAACAGCCAAGGUGCUGAAGUCCAAAGCUGGUGCCGAGGCUGCUGCUGUGGUGAGCAAGGGUCCCCUAAAAGCAGGAGCUUCUGACCAGCCCCAGCGGCCAGGGGGUGCCUGGGCCUCCAUCAAAGGCCUAGUGACAGUCAGGAAAAGGUCAGAUCCUUCAAAGCAGCCAAAGCCACUGGAGGCUGAGGUGCAGCCUGAAAUAAAGGCUGAUCUCCCUAAGAAAAAGGCUAAAUCCAGACUUAAGAUUCCCUGCAUAAAAUUCUCAAGAGGAGCACAAAAGAAUAACCAUUCCAAAAUUACAGAAGACUCGGGCUGCAAUCUCAAAGUCCAGGGCGAGGACCAAGCUUUGGGUAUACAAACUCAGACCCAACCCAACGACCAGGCAACAAAGCCUAAGUCCACCCAAGAUCCAAAUGAAGGCAUCUUACAAAAAGAUGGCAAUGAAUUCUUUGAGUCAAAUGUGAGCAACAGCAUAAUGCCUGCAGAGAAUGUAAUCUCAGUAGAACUUGAAUUAGAUGGUGGGCAUUCUGCUAUUCAAACAGGAACUUCAGCCCUUGAAAAGGAAACAGAAAUGAUAGAGAAGCAAAGUGUUCAGUCCCAGCAAGCAGGGACUGAACCAUUUGAAAGUUCAGAAACAGUUGAUCAGCAACUGGAGGCUUCUGAAGCUAUUCCUUCACCCACAACGCCAGAUCAGCAAACUCUGGAAAAAUCCAGUAACAGUACCCUAAGAGGUGACGCAAACUGGAAAGACCGUGAAAGCAGAGAGACUGUAGCUGAAGAAGAAAAUAAGCUAAAAGAUACUGAAUUGAGCCAGGAACCUGCCUUGAAAGAAAAUGAGAUCAAUGUCGAGAAACCCAAAUCAGAAGAAAGCAAAAGAAUGGAGCCAAUUGCUAUUAUUAUUACAGACACAGAAGUCAGUGAAUUUGAUGUUAAAAAAUCUAAAAAUGUCCCUAAGCAAUUCUUAAUUUCCGUUGAACAUGAGCAAGUAGGGUAUUUUGCUAACAACAGUGAUUUUGCGGGUAGAACUUCAGAACAAUAUGAAACACUCUUGAUAGAAACAGCUUCUUCUCUCGUCAAGAAUGCUAUCCAGUUGUCUAUAGAACAGCUGGUUAAUGAAAUGGCUUCUGAUGAUAAUAAACUCUCUUCUACAGUGACUUAAUUUCCAAGGCAUGAGAGACAAAAAGCCUACAGAUGAACUCUUUACACAUUUGUGGCAUUUCGUAUUCAGUAACAAAUAAGAGAUUUAUCAUCUACGGAGUUUAAAGGUACAUUUGCAGCACAGAAGUACUACAAAAUAGAUCAAGUUUAUGAAACUCUUUACCACUGAAGUGCAGUCGUGUCUAGUGCAAUGCAAAGGGACAUAUCAGGAGGUGCUAAGUGGAGACGAGUCCUUUGGGGAAGGAAGAUGUGUUUAUUGAGCACUUACAGUAUGUCACACCUUCUUACUGGCUCUUUCCUGGGGUUACAAACUCUGGUUUCCUUUUGAUAGUUUGACUCUGUGAACCCAACAUCACAUUUGGUUUUCAAAGACCUUUUUUUUUUCACAGUGCACUUUUAUAGUGUUUAAAAUGGUGAAUAAGGUGAGUUAUUUUUGUGAAUGAUUUUAUUACACUCUUCAGCAGUAGUCUCACCUCACAAAACAUACUGCAUUUUCCUAAUUUCAGCAGAGUGUGUACAGAAUAUGCAUCCUGGCACUAAGUGAGUGAUUUUCUAGUUUUGCUCAAGCCCCUUACAAAAGCCAUUUAUGAGUUCCAAGUGCAGAAGUGUGGAAAUAGGGGCAAGCACAUUUCCCCCUCCACCUUGCUUUUGUCCCCAGCCACCUCCAUAUGUCUAUUUCUGCAUGGGCUUUUCUGCUGAAACCUUUACAAAUACAAGAAGGGGAAUCACACUUUUAAUCCAGGAGACAAACUUCCCAAGUAACUAUCAUGGAUAAAACAGUGUUCCUCUUGCAGAAAUACCUUCCUAAGGUCUCUAGUCAUCAACUUCUCAAACAGAAAAGUGCAUUCUGCUGGGCCUGACGGUACGGUCCUAGAAAAUCAUAACAUUGGAGCGAAAACAUUUACUCCUGGCCAGGAACCAGCCGUGUACAGUUACUGCUAGGGCACAUAUUUUCAGUGUCAGUGUUUUAUCAUUGUGACUCUGUGUUGAGACCAGUAAAAGGCAUUUUACACGAAUAUUUAAAAUUAACUAUUCACAAUUUUCAAUCCAGUUAAUACUUUAUAAAAAUGAGAAGGGCUCAUUUGCAUUUUAUUUAGAAAGAAGCAUCUGAUCACAUCGGUGAUUGCCAUAUUUUAUGAAGAAGCGAUCCUGUGUCAGUGUUUCCUUGUAUGAAGUGCCCGUGACCCUGCGACACACUUCCCUACCUCACUGGUGAGGGUUCCUACCCUACUUUCCCUCAUUGUCUGAGCUGAGUCAUGGUGUAACUACCUGAAACAACGAAGUCAAGGAAGCUGAUGAAGUAUGAAUGCCAAAGUAUCUGUUAACGAUCUUCAUCUUGGAGGAAAAGAAUAUUAGAUAUCUGAAGUGACCUGGCUGAAUCUUGCAUUAGUAAUGGGUUGCAUAUAGAAAGUAAGUGCUAAUUUUCUCCUACAGUUUUGAGUUGUGUGUCUGUGUCUGUACAUACUAAUGGAACCUUUGACAGAAGCAAAUAAUGAAUAUUAGCAAGAUUCUUUGUCAGUGUGUGAAAGUAUUUCCCCCAGAUUUUCCUUCAUGUUUAUAAUCUUGGGGGGAAAACCCUUCCAUUCAACGAGAUAAAAAGUGGGUUUUUCAAAACAUAUACCAAGAAAUCAAUUUAUUCUAAUUAUACAACUUUUAAACAUUUUUUAUUAAUAAAAGAGUAAGGCAUCUUUGAAAAAAUUCUUCAGUUCACUAUAUGUGGUGCUAAUACAUAGCUACCAGCAAAUAUAUUUUAAAAUGAGCAGUGUAAAUAACCUGGUUAAGGUUGGUGGGUUUUACAGUUUUGAAGAAUCCUAAAAUUUGUCACAAGCAUGGUGCCAAGCUGAUGCAGUUCCAUUGUUUUUAGUAGUUUCUUAGGAAAAAGCAGAAUAUAGCACCUGUUACUGAAAAUAUUUUGGAAGGUUUAGUCUUAUUUUGGGAACUUUAAAAAACAGAUAUAAGAUAACUAUGUGAAUUAUUGGUUAAGAAAAUAACAUUUUUAUCUUAAUAGUUUCUAUGUUUUUUCACAGUGAUUUGAUAAGUGUAUUUUUGAUUAGAAUGCAUUAUAAGGAUUAUUUUUAUAUGAUGGGACCUAUACUCUUAUUCAUACUUAAGCAGUUUCUUUUCAACCUAAUCUGGUAAAUUACAUAAGGAGGAUUUCUGUUUAAAAACAGAAUCCAGCUGGGCAUGGUGGUGCAUGCCUGUGACCUCAGCACUGAGGAGGCUGAGGCAAGAGGAUUGUUACGAGGUCAAGACUAACCUGGGCUACAAAGUGAGCUCAAGGCCAACCUGAACUGCAUAGUGAGACCCUGUGUCAGACAAAAAACAAAAACUAAACCAAAAGGAAAAAUCCAGAAAUUAAUUGGUCUCAUUUAAUUUAGCUGCUACAUGGUCAAACCCAAUGAUAGUAAAUUCUAACAUGAUCAAAAUUGCAUUAUUUUUAUAAAAAUAAGUAAGAAUUUGAUGGCUUAGAAACCUCUCAUAAAAUAUAGCAGGACUGGGGUGAUAUAGCUGAGCAGCACAGCACCUGCUUGGCAAGUGCAAGAUCCUGAGUUCAAUUCCUGGUACCAUAAAUAAAUAAAUAUUAUAAUAGUGUUUAGGCAAUCUGGCCUUUUCAUGCAAAACUAAGUGAACAUAAAUAGGUUCUGAUUCUGUCAUAUCCAAAUAACAUUAAAAUGGUCAUUUAAAUUUAACAUACCACAUUCAUUUUCAUAUGAAUUUGUUGUAUAAAUGUUGCUUUUAAUGAACACUUAUUAACUAGGAUUCAGUUUCUCUUUUGAACUGAAAAUUUUUACAGAGUUUGAGUUUACCAGAUAUAUGUUAAUCUUUUAAAUAGAUUACCUUCCCUGAAUCAAGUAUUACUCAGUUUGCUUCUUACAUCACAAAAUAUGAAACUUCUAUUUUAUAUAGCAAUAUCCACUUAAUUUUUUUUCAAAGCAUUUUACAGGAUAUAAAAAUAGUACCUGGUAACAUUUAAGUAAAGGUAACAGAAAACAAAAGAACUUUCAAACAGAAAUUAUGUUCCCUGCCACCUCCUCCAGCUCAAAGAAUAAUAAGCAUGUGGCACAAAUAGUUCUGUAAAAGAGCUGCCUGCAUAAUUUUUUUCAAGAUAAUGUAGUUGACAAUAUAACGUUUGUGAUUUUAAUUGGGCUACUAUUUAGUAGGGGCUUAGAAACUCUCUGAUGCACCUGAGAGAUUGUUAUUUCACCAGUGGACUGUACGUAAGUAAAUAAACUUGCAAAGACUGUUAAAGAUAUAGAUCAUGAAAGAGCACCAGUCAGGUAACUUCAAGUUGCCUUAUUUUUAUAGUUAAUAAUUUUCUAAGGAUUUAUAGCAGAAUUUUAAAAAUAAUAUUAGAAUCCUAUUGUUCAAAAAGAUCCUUUUAAUGUUAACUUUACUGAAAUAUAUAAAGUCUAAUUUCAUGUGUAUCUGCCUGCUGUUUCUGCAUUUUAAAAAUACCUUCAUUUAAGCUUCACAGUUCCUUAGGUGCAAAUUCCUAUGAUGUGUUAUUGUGUAAAAUGAAGUUUCUUAUACAGAAUUCAAAAUUUCAAUUCAUAGUACACUUUAGGGUACACUUUUUUUUACCGGUAUUGGGGAUCGGAUUCACAACUGUGCACUUGCAAGGCAGACACUUACGCUGCUGAGCUAAACCCCCAGCUCCUAAGGUACACUUUUGAAAAUUCUUUUGUCGUGAUCCUUUAGUUACAAAAACUUAUUAAAAUGAAGCUACAUAAAAUGUAGGCGUCCCAAUUAAAUUCACAUUGAUUCACCGCAAUUAGGCACACUAUCUGCCACAGACUCUGAUAAUGGAAUGGCUCCGUGCCCUCGUGAGCACAGCCUAGGCAGCGGUGACAGCAGAAGCUGGGAAGGGAGUUCGUGCAGUCUGGUAUGGGGAAGGUGGUGCUCUGAAUACAGCAGUGGUUUGAUAGCGUGAUUGUUAAAGAAAAAGUACAUUCAUUCUGACUUGUGAUUAGUUACAGAAGGCCUGCUUAAUGUUACAUAUUUAUAGUUCUUUGUCUGUAAAAAUGUUAAGUGGAUAAGCUAUUAUGAAAGUAAGAACUCCAUUUUCUUUUUCUCAUUAAAAUUAGUAUUAUAUUACUGUGGAUGAGAUGCUAAUAUAAAAGAAAUACUACUCUAAAGAAAAGGCUUCAAACUGAAUUUAUGUACUGAUUAUGAAUACAGAAUAAAUGCUGUAACAAUUCAUGUUUAUUUAUUCAUGGCUUUCAAAAAAAUGGCAAAUUAUGUUCACUCCUUGAAGUGAUAAAGAUCACACUGAUGAUUGAGUUAGCUCUACCAAAAGUUCUACCCUGCUAACUGGACAAUGGACAGAUUUUGCAAAUAGAUGCCUAAGAGUGUAUAUUUCGCAAGACAUACACAAACACCUAGAACCCUGAAAUAAUUCAACCUGGAAGAGUUUGAAUUUGAAGUCGACUGUAUGACCUUGACAAAGGCAGUUUCCAGGCUGGGGAAGUAGUAUUUGCUCUUAGAAGCAGGGGCCUGGGUUUGAUCCCCAGGAAUGGGGUGGGAGACAGAGCUUUCAUCAUCUCUUGCUACUCAUUAGUUGUCUUUUCUGUACUGUAUUAAUGAAUUGUUGAAAAUCUCUGGUUUUCCAAAUAACCAAGCCACCUUGAUAGGAAAAUAGUCAGAUAGUACCUGUUAAAGCUUCGUAUUUCAAGAGUUCUGUUUACCAAGGCACGGAUUUCAUUCUGCUAACAUUAACAAUGCAGUUAUCUCUUUGGUACCACUCAGUGAUAAUAAAUGUGCUCUGUGAAAGACUGUAAAAAGUUGAUAUUACCUUCAAAGUCCUAAAACAGAACCUGGCUCCAUAGUUCACUUAAUUUUUGUUUGUACUAGGGAUUGAACUCAGGUCCCUGUACUUCCCAGGCAGGCACUUGCGUCACUGAGCUGUAUCCCUGGCCUCCCCUUAUUAAUGCAUGCUGUGCACUGUACACAAGGGUUUUUAAUAUCACAUUUUUUAGAAUUUAAAAAUUAUUAUUAAUCUUUCUAGUAAAAAAGAUAACUAUCUUUUCCAAAGCUUGUUCUCACAGGCUUUUUUCUUUUUAAGUUUAUGUUUUUGGUCUUUUUGAGAGAGGGGUCUCACUAUGCAGUUCAGGCUGGCCUUCAUUCCACUUUAUGGCCCAGACUGACAAACUCUCAGCAAUCCUCCUGCCUCAGCCUCCUGAGUGCUGGGAUUACACACCCAGCUUCGCAGGCAAUUUUUAUAAUCCUUUUUAAAUACACCUUUCAUGCUGAAAUUGAGUCCCUCAUCCUUUUGUACUUACUUUUCUUUCUUGAAAGCUAAACCUCACAGGUUAAAUUUGUGUGCUUUGGAAAGACAGUGUAGCUGUUUGCACUGCACACACUGCAUGUUCUUAGGGAAUCUGAGUGCACUGUGAACAAUGAAGGAACCCAGGCAAGGAGAGGAUCAUGAGAUGACUCCUAGCCUAGAAAAUCCUGGCCUUAACUGUCUACAUUUCAAGCUGUCAUGACAAGGGUAGGGUGUCUAACAGAUUCUGCACAUUAGCAAGACUAAACACUUUCCUCACCUUUUGCUUUUAUGGUUUAACUCAAACAGGACUUUUAGCCUUAUCUUCACAACAGUGCAUCUAUGCAAAGGUUUCAUACACUUUUCAGUUAAACUAUUAUCUAUUUUAGCUUAAUAUAAUCUCCUAAACUUGUAGCAAUAACACCUCAGCCCUUACUUCCGCUCUGCUCUCCUCAGAGAGACAGAGUGACACCAAAGCAGAUGCAUUUGUCCACCUGUACCCAAUCUUUUUAUUGUGUGUGUACAUACACGUGUGCACACAUGCAAAAGGCUGACUCCAGGGCCUCUCACACCCUAAGCAUGUGUUAUGCUCACAUUUUCCCCCAAAUCCUUACUUUGACAUCUGUACCUUCAGGUCCCAGGAAAGUGUGGUCAGUAUGACUACAGUGGAAAUCAACCAUCUUUAUAACUAAUGUAGCUACAACCAUUAAUCAAACAGCUUCAUGUAUAAACCUCAGGACAGAGGUUCCAUGUGGAAUAGUUUUGGUCUGUGAAUCACAUUUAUUUAUACAGGUCAUCCCAACCCUCCUGAAUUACUAAUAGAACUGCAAUGGUAUGGUAGAAGGCUGAUGUAUAUAGAAGGACAAAACAACUGGAUUUUACUCAAUCAGGUAGAAAAGAAAGUUAACCUUCUUUUCUGGAUUUUUUGAGACACGGUCUCACUAUGCUGUUCAGGCUGGCCUUGAACUUACUUUGAAGCCCAGGCUGGUCUCAAAUUCACAAUCCUCCUGCCUCAAUCUCCUAAGUGCUGGAAUUACAGGCUUUAGCCAUCACACCUAGCUGUGGUCUUUUAUGCACAUAUGCCUUUUCCAUGAUUUCCUGAUUGCAAAGUGAAUUUUCUUAGAGUCAUCUCUUUAAUUUUGUGGGUUUCCCUCGAUUCUCUCAAAGUCUAGUUGAUUUGUUUUCCCUGAAGGAUUCUAAAUCUCAUUCUGAUUUCUAUAGUAUCUCUGUAUUUUAGCUUAAUAUAAUCCCCUAAAUCAGUAAAACUUGUCAUUUAGUGCAGACAUUCUAAGUGAAGGCUUCACCUCAGUGCUGAUGGCAGGAGGAGGAGAGGCAGGGCUGAGCUGAGCCAACCACCCAGCUCAGCUCCAGGGCAUUUGUCUCAGCACUGCCUCACAUCCUACUGCACAGUCUGAAAGUAGCUGUCCAGGUUUGAGAGCUCUGCAAAGAGAUGUUUUAAGUAACAGCAGUCUUCUCUUUCUAUGCCUUUCCUCCCACACUAAAAUAUGCGGUGGAAAAGGGAACAGGAACCACUGAGCUUGCAGCACCAGGCCAUGCACAUAUGUGAAAAGAAGAAGUUUUAGGAAUGAAAACUGGCCCAAUGAGGCACACUUUCACUCCCCUGGAGCCUUUAAAACCCUUUCUUCUUACCUUUACAAAAGCUGUAUUUGCUGUUUAAGAACCAACAGCUGUGUCUUACUUUCUAAAGAACCAUCAGAUUCUCUAGGGUUUUCAUCCCUGUGAAUGUCAGUUCUUCCUAGCCCCAAGUUUCUUUAAAUCCCAUACGGCUGAGUUUUUGUUUGUUAGAGACAGGGUAGGCUGUAUAGUUGAGGCUGGUCUUGAGCUCACCAGGUAGCCCAGACUGGCCUCAAACUCAAAGAGAUCCUCCUGCCUCAGUCUCUCAAGCCUCCCAAGUGCUAGAUAAUGGGCAUGCACCACCACACCUGGCUGAGGAAGAGGGGAAUUUUAAAGGCAGUUUAUACAAUAUUGGAGGCAAGAAGAAUUAAAAGAACUCUACUAAGAAGAAAGGUCUCACCUUACUUAAAAUGGAACUUUAUGAAAAAAAAGUGUGAAGAGUCAGCUGUUGCAUUAUUCUUGUUAGAGAAGGGAAAUGAUCUGCCUUGCAGGCUGUGGAUGUGAGAAAGCAAGAUGAAGAAAGCCAAGGGCUUUUUCUCCAAUGUCUCCAGCGAUCUCGACUAGGCAGACAGCAUCGGGGUUUGAUGCCCGAGCAGAAAAGCCGAUGUAAUUGAGCUCAAAUUCCAUGACCUUCCUGUUAAAUUUCCAAAUUGCAAAAAUGCUCGAUAUCACAAUCACAAUUAUUUACUGAUACAAUAUAUUUAAAUGUAAAUUAGAGGCACCUUGAUCAAAGAGCAGUAUCAGGGUAUUACUGUACUUAAUAUAAAAUUUUAGGGAAAUUUCUGCCAAACUACAGCAAAAGCCAAAAGUAGCUAAUGACAAAACAGUGAAGAGUUAUGUGACAUUUGAGUAUCAUGUACCUUUUCAAAAGGUGUACUGGUGCCACCUUUUGGCCAGAUUAAAAAUUUACACAUUAUAACCUACAUUCACAUCUUAAUUUCACAGAGACUUUAGAAUUACAUUUAUUUAGUUCAAACAUUAUGUAAUGGUUUAUAACUGUCUUUCCAAAUAAUACAUUUCAGAUUUUAAAUAAUCACAUUUAAAACUGUUUAAAAGCUGAGAUAAAAGAUAAUACAAUUUUCUUCAGAACACACACGUACACCUUUAGAACACUAUAAAUUCCAAAAGUUAACUGGGAUACAAACCCCAAAUUAUUUGUGUUAAUUCCUGACAACCACCCCAAACCCAAAGCUUUCAGACCAGCACUCCUGGCACACAGCGGGGGAAUUCAUCCUGGAGUGGUUCUCUACAUGGUUCCUAUGGCUGGUUCACAGCACUCUUGGACUCUGCCCACUAGAUGCCGUAGCAACCUGCUCCUGGUCUCCACCCAUCUGUGUCCACCAAAACCUCCCUGCAUGCUCAAAGUCUCCAGCAACAGGGGACAGCCCUGAGUGACAGCUGACGGGGGGGACAGGGCAGUUGUUUCAUCAGACACUGAAUGUAUCUGAGAGUGCUUCUGGAUAAGAUUACCAUUGGAACUCAUACACUGACUAAAGCUGAUGGCGCUCAAGCAAUUCAAAAUCUGGAUAGAACACAAAGGUGACCUUUUCUGGCCUGACUGCUUGGUCUAGGAGGCUGAUUCUCCUGACUUUGGACAAAGACUGAAAUUUUACACUGGCUCUCCUUGGGUCUCAAGCCUGCCAGCUUUGAGACUAGAACUUAUGCCAGUAGCUCUCCUGGUUCUCAGGCCUUUGGAUUCACAUGGGAAUUAAAUCAUUGGUUCUUCAGGCUCUCAGCUUACCAGGUACAAAUCCUGAAACUUCUAAGCUGCCAUAGUGGCAUUGAGCCAAUGUGUUACAACAUCACCUGUCUGUGUAUCUAUGGCCUCUUGGUUCUUUGGCUCUAGAAAACCCUCACUAAUACACCCUGCCUGAGAAUCAGAGUUUUGGAUUACCCUGCGGGGAGGGUACAGGAGGAAAUGUAGCAGAGUGUAAACAGGGAAGAGAAAUAGGAGCCAAGCAAGAAACUUCAAGGAAAUGGCUACAGCAUUGGUCUUUCCAGAGAUGGUAGCUGGAAAGCACUCCAUUAGGAUAAUUUUCUAUUACCAUAGACUGUGGUUGGUAAAAUGGGAUCUGGUGAUUAUUAUUAUUUUUUUUGUGGUACCAGGGAUCAAACUCAUGACUGUGUACUUGCAAGGCAGGCGCUUAUGCACUGAGCUAAAUCCCCUUUUGUAUCAUGCCUCCAAAAUGUUACCCAGCUUAGCGACUACUUACCUCAACACUACAAAGACAACUGUCAGACACUGCUGUAAAAUAACAUAAUAUAAUUUACUGCUGUAAAAGAACAUAAUCUAUAAGCUAAUAAAACGUUUUGUGAUUAA